UUACCAUAGUUGAAUGUUGUUUUAAAUUCGAGUCUGCACUGUUCACCCGCACACCUUUCAUCGUAAGCUACCGAUUGACUCCAUUGCUAACGAACGACGAGUAAGAUACAAAGAAGAUUCGGGAGCAUGGAGGAAACAAUAGGUGGAAGAAGCCUUUAGUCCAUGAAUACAUUGCAGUUACACAUUUCAAUUUGAAUUGAUGAACAGAAGCUAAGUAAGGUUUUCAAAUUAAUGAUUGAAGACAUACUGAUAUUCAGUAGCUCAUUCACCCUCCUCCGACACGGAUGAAAUCGGUAAUCAAUUUUAACUCAGUUUAUGUUUUUUUGCGUAUUUACUGAAAAUUUCUAGAAUAUGUGCUUGUUAAAAGGUGCUAUACCAAUUAUUCUAACGCUCGCAUGGCUCGUAGCUGGCGAAAAAACCAAGGCUACAAAAGACUCAUAUUUGGCUGCGUUGCAGAACUCAUACAAAAUCAACGGGCUUGUCCGGAUAGCACGUGAUGAUUACAGCAGUAUUCCUUCUACGUCAUACGAGUAUAGUUUAGCCCCAUCCAGUAGCUAUGGUGCACCUUCAGGAUCGUACGGAACCCCACCGAAGGCUGCUUAUGGGCCACCCAAACCUGUAUAUGGUCCUCCACAGCCAGUUUACGGGACACUCGCACCUGCUAGCAACGGAAUGCCUUAUCUUAGUCCGGAAAGCUGGUUAUUGAGCAAAUUGAAACUUAAAUUCAGUUGGUUUACACUUGCCAAAAUAUUGCUCAAACUAGUAAUAUUCAAAAAAAUUGUGAAGUUCAUUGCUCUACUAUGUCUGCUGUUUUUUAUUCCGACACUAAAGCCAAGUGAAAGCGAUGGUGACCAUAGUGGUGGUGAUAACAAUGGUGAUGAUUACCGUCGGCGAAGUUAUAGCUUGCGAUAUGACUACGACUCCCGACUUAAUGAGGUGACACGGUUUGCUUUGAAAGCCAUGGAGGCAUUUACCAUUGACAAUGAGCUUUAUUGUCCUGUCGAGAAUCUGCUCAGUUGUCGAGCCAAACGGAUGUUUGAUUAUAUUGAUGAGGAAUAUCCCCUAAAAAAUAUCAUUCAAAUGUUCUUUCGGAAUGUGAGUAAAAAGGAAGAUCAACCGCAUUCUACGGCAAGUAACCUGAUAGAGAAUAACAAUUCGGAACGUGGAAGAGACAAUAGCGCAAUUGAAGAAAGUGAAUGAUUUAAAAGUAUUCUUUAACAUCUUUUAAGCAAAAAUGCAAUAAGAAACGUUAUUUGUACUUGGAAAAAACAUAGAAUCGAGAUCGUUUUAGGUAAUUGAUUUCAACAACAGUACUCAAAAAGCAAGAAAGAACCAAAGUUCGGAUAUACUGUGAAAUGUAUAGAAUGAUUGUUAUUUAUUGUAUUAAUUUUAUUGCCAUAAUUUAAAUUAUUUGUUUUCGAAAAUAUACGUAGAAACAUUCUAGUUUCAAUAUGGGAAUAGAUAUAUAAAAAAAGAACUUUCAUAUGAUAUGUGUACUGAUCAUCAAACAUAAUUUGAUUUCUACCACCAGUCUAGCAGUAAUUUCCAACUGAUACAAACUCGUUCAUAUAUAUCAACAUUUAUUCCUUAACACAUAUCGGGCUGAUAAUAACAGAGAGAUGGAUUGGCUGAUUAUU